UGACGAUAAGACGAUUCUUGUAAAAAAAAGAAUGGUAACAAUUACUCAGAAUGUUUUUAUCAAUAUUUACGAAAGUACUUAAUUAUUCAACUACAGAUGUUUACUUCCAGUAUUGAAUUAUUUGAAAACAUGAAUGAACAAUUAAAGUGAAAAGACAACAAAGUGUAUGAAAAUAAUUAAUCCAUGGGUUCAAGAUGUGUCUUGCAAUUGACUGUGACAUGGAUAAUGAUUAUACUGAUGGAUCCAAUGAUGGUGAGCUCAAGUUGCCGAGAAACAAAGUUACCUAGAGACUGCGAAGCACUUUGUGGCAAAAACCGGUGGGGUUUUGUAUCCUGUGAGUUAAGAGCAGCUGUUUUACUUCCUGCAGAAACGAUAUUCGAUAUUUCUCUGCCAAAGGUUCUUCCCGUCUUAGAUUUGGCAGUUUAUCAAGUGAGAGCUAUGAAAAUCCUUCCGAGUUGGUUAGAACUUAAAUUUCUUCCUCAAGAUGAUCAUUGUGAUGCUACUUAUGCCCAAAUAGCGGCUAUAGAUAGUUAUGCAGAGUGUGUUCAUUUAUUUUUAGGACCGGCGUGCGAUUAUUGCGUAGCCAAUGUUGGAAGAGUGGCGAAGUUUCUUAAUGCACCACUAAUUACAACUGGUGGAUUUACUUUUGAUUUUACUGAGAAGAAGACUGUAUGCUCUGAUGAAUACUUUAUGACUACGAGAAUUGGCAGUCUGGCUUUUAGAGAUAUUAGCAGAGUCUUUUUAUCCGUUAUGGAUCGCUAUAACUGGACAAAAAUUCAUUUGGUUUAUGAUCCAAAUGGUCAAAGACAACUUGCUGGGAAACAUACGUGUCAGUUAAUGAUGAAGUCAAUGGUUCAAUUUAUCAAAAAACGUCAGGACAUAACUUUUGAUAGUUUUGAUGUUGAAACCAAGGCUCGAGAAGAUUAUCGUGAAUUAUUGGAAACCAACGUGGGAAACUCCUACAGUAUUGUUGUAAUGUGUGCAAAUUCAACCACAGUACGAGAGAUACUUUUAGCUGCUGAAGAACUUGGAAUGGUUGAUUCAGGGGAAUACGUAUUUUUCUCUAUAGAACUUUCCUCAAGUGACAAUAAUUCAAAAGAACCUUGGAGAAUGGAAGGAGACACUGAUGAGCGUAAUGAGAAAGCAAGGAAAGCAUAUCAAGCUUUAUUAACAGUAACAGCUCGUACACCAGACAAUGAGGAAUAUUUGAAUUUCUCCCGCGAAGUUAAGUCACUUGCACAAAGAAAGUACAACUACACAUUUGGGAAUAGUUCACUGUCAACAUUUGUAGCAGCUUUUUAUGAUGCUGUAUUUCUUUUUGCUCUUGCGUUGAAGGAAAGUCUUCCAGAAAUACCAGAAGAAGUCAACUUGGAUGGUGGAAAUUUAACAAGAAGAAUGUGGGGUAAAAGUUUUAAAGGCAUCACAGGAGACGUAAAUAUUGAUGAGAACGGUGAUAGAAUAGCGGAUUAUUCAUUACUAGACAUGGAUCCAAUAACAUCUAAAUUUGAGAUUGUGGCGAAUUACUACGGAGCAAACAAAACCUUGGAAUACGUACCAGGUAAGCGAAUUCAUUGGUCUGGUGGGAGGUUGGAGCCACCUCCUGAUACACCAAAAUGUGGUUACGAUGGCUCUUUAUGUCCAGAUAACACUUUGCCGGGCUAUGCUAUCCUGUCCAUUGUUCUCAGUUCUAUUGUCGUUGGACUCGUAGUGGCUUCAGUCAUCAUCUACAGACACUACAAACUAGAAGCAGAAAUCGCGUCCAUGACGUGGAAAGUACAUUGGGAAGACGUAUUAGUAGUUCCUGUCGGUGGAAGAACUAGGGGUUCGAUGCAUUCUCUUGCUCCGAAUAAACAACGUGGUAGUCAGUUGACAAUCUAUUGGGAUGAUGAUGUAAGCUUGCCUGGUGGUGUAGAUAGAAAUGUAUAUAUACCUACAGGAAUUUAUAAGAAUUCACAAGUAGCAAUAAAACCGCUCCCUCGGAAUAAAGUUGAGAUCUCAAGGCCACUUUUAUUGGAACUAAAAAGAAUGAAGGACCUUCAGCAUGAUCACUUGGUACGAUUUUAUGGUGCUUGCGUCGAGCCACCUCACUGCUGUCUUCUUACUGAGUACUGUCCUAAGGGAUCACUACAGGAUAUCUUGGAGAACGAUCAGAUUAAAUUGGAUCGAGUUUUCCGAGGUUCUUUGAUCCAUGAUAUUGUAAGGGGUAUGGCAUAUCUUCAUGCAUCUGAAGUCAAAAGCCAUGGCAACUUAAAGUCUUCCAACUGUGUUGUGGACUCUAGAUUUGUUCUAAAAAUUACGGAUUUUGGAUUACACGAAUUAAGAAAACCCAGUCCUGGAGAUUCUGAUGAUGACAUGGAUAGUUAUGCUCAUUGGAAAAAACAACUUUGGACAGCACCAGAACUGUUGAGAAUGGAGAGACGACCGCCUGAGGGUACUCAAAAAGGAGAUGUCUAUAGCUUCGCUAUAAUCGUACAUGAGAUCGUGGUACGCCAAGGACCAUUUUACUUAGGAGAAGACAGCAAUUACUCCCCAAGGGAAAUCGUCGAGGGAGUCAGAAGAGGAGGAGGAUCUCCAUUAAGACCUUCGCUUGAUGAGGCAGCAGUAGAGGAAGAAGUAGCUACUUUGAUGAGGCGUUGCUGGGCACAAGAUUCUGCAGAUCGACCAGAUUUCCCUGCAUUGAAGCAAACGAUUAGGAAAAUCAACAAAGACUAUGAGAGCAGUAACAUUCUGGAUAACUUGCUUUCGCGCAUGGAGCAAUAUGCAAAUAACUUGGAAUCACUGGUCGCUGAACGUACAGCUGAUUAUCUCGAGGAGAAACGUAAAUGUGAAGAGUUGCUAUAUCAGCUUUUGCCAAAGUCGGUAGCUUCCCAGUUAAUUCUUGGGCAAAGUGUCAUUGCUGAAACUUACGAUGAAGUUACAAUUUACUUUAGUGACAUAGUGGGUUUCACCAGUCUCUCAGCUGAAAGUACACCUCUGCAGGUGGUGGACCUUCUCAAUGACCUCUACACAUGUUUCGAUUCAAUUAUUGAGAACUUUGAUGUCUAUAAGGUGGAAACAAUUGGAGAUGCUUAUAUGGUCGUAUCUGGAUUGCCAGUUAGAAAUGGCAUGAAUCACGCAAGAGAAAUAGCAAGAAUGAGUCUUGCACUUCGUGACACUGUCAUGACAUUUAGUAUUCGUCACAGGCCUAAUGAACAGCUAAAGCUUCGCAUUGGAAUGCAUAGUGGGCCAUGCGUAGCUGGAGUUGUUGGACUUAAAAUGCCUAGGUACUGUCUCUUUGGAGAUACAGUUAACACUGCAUCAAGGAUGGAGAGCAAUGGAGAAGCUUUGAAAAUCCACGUCAGCCCUAAGACUAAAGAAAUACUGGAUACUUUUGGAACUUUUGAACUCUGCUGCCGAGGGGAAGUCACGUUAAAGGGAAAAGGCAAGAUGACGACCUACUGGUUGAUUGGAGAGAAGCCCAUCAAUAACAAUGUCCAGGAGAAUACCUCGAGCACCACAAAUGAUCAAAACCCACAGCAGCAGCAACAACAGCAAAUCCAAGGCCAAAAUAAUUGUACUCGUAACUCAUUGAAUAUGACGGGAAAUGGAGCACCCAGGAAUCAUUCACUAAUGUUAUCUCCUUCUCAUCAAAGAAAUUCCAACAAUACAGCAACCACGCACUCCGGAACUGCAGUUCAUUCAAGUCUUUCUAGUGAUAACGUACCAAAUCAUGCGGAAAGUGGAGCAAAUACUCCUCUUCUGUUGUCAGCAGGAUCGAUUCCUAGGGCUUAAAUAAGACUGCUCGUAAUCAAAUUGUCGGCAACUGUCACAAUGAGGUGCAGGCACUUCUGCUACUGUGAACACAUUAAUUCAACGAGUGAAAGAGAUAAACGAACGCAUGAACGAUUGAGAGAAAAAGGGUUUGAUGGAUGAUUACUUGAGUUGAGGUGAGUUAUUGAAAGUUAGUAAAAGAUUAAGAUGAAAAAUGAAAGAGGUGACCUAUGGUCUCAUGUUUACAUAUUUAAAUUAAUUUAUGUUAUAAUGAGAUGAGAUAAAGAUGUAUUUAGGAUGCAGAGAAAAAGUUAUCGAUCAAUUUAAAUUUUAUUUAUAAAUUUUUUAAAAUAUAUAGACUCAACGAAUACUCACAGACGAGAAAUAAAAAUGGAUCAAUAUAGUAUAUAUAUAUAUUGGAAUGUUGAUAGUUUAUGAAAAAAAAACUUUAGUUAAUAAAGAAAAAUAUAAGUUUUGUCUUAAAGGUGCUGAACCAUUCCCAUGAUAAAUUAUAGGGUUUCUAUAAUAGUUAAGAAAUCGUUUAGUAGAUCGAUAUUAAUGUUGAUAUUCUUAAUAGAAAUUUCUUUUAGUCGUUUAUUAUUUACGUGAUAAGAUUAGAAAAGAGAAAAUGAUCUCGGUACAAAAGGAAUACCGGGACCAAUUUUACCAAUAAUUAUUGCUAUAAAUCAAUCACAAAAGAUUGAAAGAGGGAGGAUGAAGUGUAUAGAAGAUAAAAAGACAAGAUAAAUUGUUCAAGUUGAAAGAAAAGUCGAGAAGGUGCUAAAAAUCUUGACAAAUCGUAUAGGAAAUCGCACGGGAGUGACUGUUCGAGAUUAAUCGAUCGUGUACAAGCGAUAGGAGAGUAUUCUCCUUUGAGCGCACAGUGAGCCAUCGAAUAUACUAAGAUAGACGCAUACAAGACAGUAUUAUAUAUAUCUACUCACCUUUGUCUACUCUAUCGAUUGCUUCAAAGAAAUUCUUCCUGUCUCAUUUGUUUCAAUCGAAUUCACCCUUUGAUUAUUAAUUUUAAAUAAUUACCAUCUGAUCGUACAGCAUGUGAUGAACUUGCGAUCACAAAAUAUUAUUUACAUUGAGAUUAAAUAUUGUAACUCCAUAGGAUCUAUUGAUCUAUCGAUCUAUCUUUAAUAAUACGAUUUUAAAUAAUAAGAUAGCAAGAAAUUUUAUUAGUUUUAAAUGUAUACAUGGAAAUUUAAAUAAUUUCAAUAAUAUAUUAGGUUAUUAUUAUAAUAAUAAUAAUAUUAAUGUAUAUAUACACAACAAUGUCUAUGUAUACAGGAAAAAUAGAAAGACAACAGACAUUAAUUAUUAAUACAUUGAGAAAUGAUUGACGUUUAUGUUAUAAUAGACUGUUAUAUAUUGAGGCUGGGCCUCUUUUUUGUGCGGUUGAAUGUUAUAUUCUAUUGAAUGUAUGCUGAGCGUGUGUCUGACAGGGUGAAUUGUCACUUAAAUGUUUUGAUGUGCUAACAUGAUAUAUAAUAAUGAAAAAUAUAAAGGCACAAAUCCAGCUGAGUGACAAGAAAUAGUGCAAAUAGACGCUCGAGUUAUCAAAAAAUGGACCGAUACUUUAAAUGUGGCAAGAGUGCAAUUAUAUAUUUAUCUCAAGACAAACUCUUUUAACGAUGUAAUAAUGAUCAAUAUUGCUGAAAUAAAGUUUAAUUGUUUUUGAAUAUUUUUCUUA